AUGCAAGAGAGCAAACCUCAGAUGGCCAAAAAUGUGAUUUUCAAUUUUCUUCCGUCAGAACAGUUAAAGUCAGUUGUGAAAGCGACUGAUUCAGUUAUAGAGAGAUCAAAUCUCCCGCCAAAACAAACCAGAACCGUUACAAAAGGAUCAAAUUCAGCAACUGAGAGGCUAGUUUCCUCGCCAGUGAAUAUCAUUAAACAGCUAGUUUUCACGGAGUUCGGCUUGUCUCCGGUUACUGCAAUGCGAUCACCAGAGAUCUCAGUUCCGCCGGUCGAGUCAAACACGGCUUUGCAUUCGCCUCCAUUGUCGUCUGAUGUUUGCCCUGACAUUAUCUCAAGCAGUAAAGCUGAACCUCCAAAAAUGCAUUUCCGGCCUAACAUUAAAGGCAACAAUGGUUGCUGUUGCAAACGAUCCAGAUGCUUAAAGCUGUACUGUGAGUGCUUCGCUGCUGGAGUGUACUGCGAUGGGCACAAGUGCAACUGUAUCGGUUGUCGAAAUAAUGUUGAAAAUGAGGCUUCAAGGCGAGCAGCUAUAGAAAGUAUACUAGAGCGUAACGCUUACGCAUUCAGCCCGAAGAUUGCUGGCAGUCCAUGUGUUGCUCUAAAUAAUGGGGAUGAUAAGGAGAAUGUUCCAAUGAAACACUACAGGGGAUGCGGCUGCAAAAGGACCGGGUGCAUCAAGAAGUAUUGUGAAUGCUACCAAGCUAAAGUGUACUGCUCUGAAAAUUGCAGAUGUGUGGACUGUAAGAAUUCUGAAGGUUGUGUGGAAAGCAUGGCUCUCCUCGAAAGACACUCUAAUAAUACCAAAAUCUGCAAGAAUUUUGCAGGAUGCGAGGAGAGUCUCAUUGUUUCUGGAGGAAAUGGUAUUACGAGCAUCAAAAAGAUUUUUGAAGGAUCUGUGGAGACUGAUAAUGUAACUGAUGGAAACCUUAGUAAUACUGACAUCUGCAAGAAUUUUCAAGGACUGGAGCAGAAAAUAACUUCCCCUCGUGGGGAAAAUUUUAAGAGAAAAGUAUGCAUCCAUCAGGCUAACACUGCCAUAUCUACUGCGAUAGGGUUGUCAGGUCACAGAUUCUUAAUAGCAUCCAGAAAGAGAAAGUUUCAUGAGUUCCUUAAUUCAAAUGAUAAGGAUCCGCCAAAUCAGGGGCUCAUAAAUGAACGAAAGGUUAGACUCUUUGCAUUGUGA